UCUUGCUCAGAACCUUUGCCUGGUCUGGUCAAAGCGGAGCUUUUAAAGGGGAACAGAUCGCCUUCAGCCCGUCAGUCAGAGCUAAGAACAACCCGAGGAGUUUCGGUUCUUUCGCCUCACGGAGCCACGGACAGAAAGGAGGAAAAUGACGAACGCGGUGCUGUUGGUAAUCUUCAGUCUGGUCGGACUAAGCCGCUCGUGUCUGGAUCCUGCCUCGGCGUACAGGUUCACAGGGACUGUGUGUAGAUUGACGUACCCUGCUGCGGCGGUGUUGAAUGAAAAGACCACGGAGGUCAUCCAGGCCGCGUUUCAGCACGCCAAAUAUCCCAGCAUUCAAGGAGGGAAGUCACUGCCCUUAAUAGGAAAGGUGGAAUAUGGAUUGCACAAUCUGGAGAUCCACAACCUGUCCAUUGGGAAGAGUGACUUUGAGUUGCGGGAGAAUGAUGGAAUAGGGAUCGACAUCUCCAACGUAUCGGCCACCUUCAAAGGGACUGUCAAAUACGGCUAUGGGAGCUGGCUACUCAGAGUGGGGCAGUCAGUGGACUUUGAAAUUGAAUCCCAAAUUGAUCUGGUCAUCAAUUCAAAACUAUACUGUGGGAAAGGCAGGGUGGCAGCAGACACGUCAGACUGUUACCUCACCUUCCACAAACUCAAACUCUUCCUGCAGGGAGACAGAGAACCUGGCUGGCUAAAACGACUGUUUACAGAGUUUAUUACAUUCACAGUUAAACUCGUUGUGAAAGGACAAAUCUGUAAGGAGAUUAAUACUGUGGCAAAUAUACUGGCUGACUUCAUACAGGAGACAGCAGAAAAUUUUCUAAGUGACGGGGACAUCGGUGUGGAUAUUAGCGUGACCUCAGCUCCUGUGAUCACAUCCUCAUAUAUUGAAUCCUACCACAAGGGGUUGGCCCACUAUCACGAUACGAAAGCGCACAUCAAUGAAUCCGUGUUUAACCCGGCCCAGCUGACUCAGGACCGCAUGCUCUACUUCUGGAUCUCCGACGAGCUCAUGGAGCCCUUAAUGACCGCGGCAAACGCCGACGGGCGAUUCGUCAGGAACAUCUCCGGGUCUGAGCUCAAGGACUUAUUCAAGACUGAGCUGUCCAACCCCAUGCCUGAGGUUGUGAGUAAGCUGCUCGUGUCUGACGGGACGGUGCUGAGAACAUGGAGUUCAUCAGUGCCCAGCCUGCGUACGACCCCUGAGGGCACGACAGUCGGUGCCAACGCCGCCGUGGAGCUGACCUCCACAGACCCAGACAUCCCAUCGCUUUCCUUUGACGCGGAUGUCAAGGUGAUUGUGAGAGCUUCCUAUGCCGAAAAGAAGCUGAUUUUAAAAGCCAAACCCGUGCAAAUAUCCAUAUUAAAAGCCUUUCAAGAUGCAGUCCAGCUUGGGGACACUGAGGUCACUUAUCUGACGGAAGCAGUGGAAAAAAUUGGCAUUCCUGUCGUCAUAUCUUACCUGGAACCUGCGUUGACAGACUUGAUGGAUGAGCAGGGGCUCAACCUGUUUGAUAUCAUUAACCCAGAGGUUCUGCCUCGAGAUGGUUAUGUGGUUAUCCAGAUGGAUUUUGGUUUUCCUCAUCAUCUGCUAGUGGAGUUCCUCAAGAGAACACUGGAGUGAUUGAUAACUUUUUUUUUUUUUUCACCCAGAUACACAAACACACACACACACACACACACACACAUGCACAC